UGUUCGUGAAUGCAUUUACAUAUCAAUGUGUAAAAGUAUGGAUUAUUUCCAUGGUACGUGUAAACUCAACGACGCCGACAGCAAAAAUGUCCAUCUCGGAGAAUUUCAAGUUAAGCCUGGUGCGAUUUUCUCUGACGUUUCAGACUGGUCAUUGUUGUUUGCCGGAGCGUGUAGUCAGCGGCCAUGUUCAGAGUCACAGAAAUGUAUUCCCGUCAACGGCGGCUACAAAUGCGAGGAACUAGCAAUAACAGACUGUAGUGAUGUACGACGUUAUUUCCCUUCUGCAAUUAGCGGGCAACAUAAAAUAAGGCUAUGGCAGUCACAUGAGUUAUUGACAGUUGUCUGUGAUAUGGAGACGGAAGGUGGUGGAUGGACGGUACUUCAAUCACGAUAUGAUGGUUCCAUAGACUUUUAUAAGGAAUCAACGGAGUAUGUAAAUGGAUUUGGUAAUAAGAACACAGAAUUUUGGCUAGGUCUGAAAUAUUUACAUGAAAUGACGUCUCAAGGAAAGAAUGAAUUGAGGGUUGACUUAACGACUGCUGAUGGAACUACCAUGCAUGAAACAUUCAGGAACUUUAAAAUUGACGCCGGUCCAGAGUACACCAUUCAUUUCGAUCCUGGAUUUGGAACUGCGGAUGAUGGGUAUUCCAACUACGGUAUGUCAUACCAUAAUGGUAUGCAUUUUACCACAGUAGACGAGGACAGAGAUAAUGAUGAAAAAAACUGCGCCGUUCAUUGUCAUGGUGCUUGGUGGUAUAACGCUUGUGGCGGCGUGAACCUCAACGGACAGUACGUUACUCCAGGGACUGUUCAUCCCCUUGGUCACUGGCUUGGAGUGAUUUAUAAAGCAUUUAGUAAACAAUCUCUGAAAGAAACAAAAAUGAUGUUCCGGCGAGGUAUUAUAAACGAUUCAUAACUUGAAAACCGGGACA